AUGACGCAAAUAUCUAACCAACGCGUUGAUCCCGACCAUGGUCAACAACAACACAAUCAUUUUAGUAGUCAUUGUAGUAGUAGUAGUAGUUCACCAGAUGACAAUGAAUAUGAUCGUCACAUUUACUACAAUCAUCAUCAUCAUGAUGGUCAACAAAAACAACAGUCAUCAUCGAUUAUGGGUUAUAUGAUGACAGGUGAGAGAUACCAUCACUAUAAUCAACAACAACAAGACCAACAACGACCUCCUAUACAAUAUUCAUCAUCAUCAUCACCACCACCAAGUACUGUACAUUCCUAUUCACCUGCUCGUUCCACCUCUUCUUUGCAUACAUCACAAACCGAUACAAAUGUAUCGGCCAUAAUUCAAAUCAAUAACAACAACAACGAUGGAAAUAACAAUGGUAAUAAUGACCAUCAAUAUUCAUAUCAACAAUCACCAAUCUAUGGAAAUACGACGAUUUAUAUUGGUGGUGAUCGUUCACCAAGUGACACUGAUCAAGACAAUGAGUUUUCUUCUUCUUCUUCUUCUUCGAACAACCGACCGACUAAAAGAAUGGCUAUCAACAAUGGCAAUGGCAAUGACCAUUAUAAUCAAAAUAAUAAUAAUACAGCGGCGACACAUUCACAAUAUCCUCAAUAUAACCGUAAUAAUCAGAUACAACAACCCCUACAAGAACUAGAACAACAUAUCCACUACCAAAAUCAACAUAUCCAACAACAACAACAACAACCUCAACAACCUCAACAACCUCAACCACAACAACAAACAAUUAUUUCAACUGAUGGAAAACAACAACAACAACAAGCAUUUGAAUGUGAUCACGUUGAAUGUACAUUUUCUAUUGGAUAUGUUAGUGCACUUUAUGCACAUUAUAAUACCUUUCAUACCAAAGAAUGCGGUCAACAGUGUGAAAGAUGUGAACGCGUCAAAAGAAAACAAGGAAUCACAAAGAUGAAUUGCAGACAUGAAGGAUGCACUAAAAAAGUGGCACCAAAAUCACUAGAGAACCAUGAAAAGAAUAGGAACAUACACGACCAUUGUAGUGACAAAUGUGAGAUUUGUAUACAAUUACAAUCACAAGUCUACAAUCAAAUGAAUAAGAAGCGAUAUAGAUCAGAGUUGUUAAAAUCAUUACCACCUAGAUAUAAUAAUAAUAAUAGUAACAAUAAUAAUAUACAACUCACAAUUGAAAAUAUAAAUUACCAAUACAAUAACAAUAAUAAUCAAAAUAAUAAUAAUAACUCAACACCACCAAGUCCAACACCUAUUUCAUCAUCAGAUCAAGAAGAAUUAAAUUUAAGUGAUACUUCAACAUCAUCACCUUUUUCACAACGUCAUACCACCAACAACAUUAUUAUUUUGAAUAAUAAUAAUAGUCACCAAACUUUUAAUAGCCAAUCAUCCCCAACUAUUGAAACUAAAACAUGUUUAGAUCCAAAUCAUAUUAAAUGGUGGAACUCAUCACCAGAAGGAAUUCCAUUAACAGAAUUUUAUAAAACCGAUCUAAAAAACUACAAGACCAAAUGUAAACAAUGCUUUAUGCGACAUGGCAUUGAAAGAAAAAGGGUGGUUCAAACCACUAAACAAUCACAUGACUAUUCUAAUGGUUUUGGUGUUGGUUUUGUUGAUGAGGCCAACUUUAAUUCUUGUAGUAGCAGUAGUAGUAGUGAUGAACAGCAGCCGCAGCACUACAAUGAUCAUCAUCAUUAUAAUCAUAAUAAUAAUAAUAAUCCCGAUUUUAAUAAUAAUAAUGCACAUUGA